AUGAGAUCCCUUGGCUUACUGUUUCUGGCCCUCAUGGUCACAGGAACUGAUCAGUGCUUCCCCUCAGGUAAUCAGCACUUGCUUUGGGGUGUCUGGGUUACUGUAGUCUGAUCUUGAAAACCAGUUUGGCAAAUGUUCGCUGAUGAUUUUCUGUUUUAUAUUGUAGUAGGCAUUUUUUCAAAGAUGUUUUAAAAUCUUUAUUAUUAAUUUAGUCUCGCUUGGCCCAAAAUUUUUUUUCAAUCACUAAUAAGGCAAUAUUUGCCAGUAGAAAUAAAAACAAAAUCAAUUUUGCCUCAAAAACCCCAAUUUUUUGCUAUUUUAGGUGUUGGCUGUGGCUGUCCCACGUGUCCUCCCUGCCCUCCCCCUCCAGUCCAGUCCUCAUGCCAAUGCGGAGGCAGUGCCCCCAGCUGUAAUCCCUGCUCUAGCUUCAGAAAUGAUGGUAAUAUCUUUCACCUAUUUUAUGUUAUCCACCAAGCACAACAUGAAUCGUUUUCCUUCAGCUUAUCAGCCAUCUCCAGUGCUCCCUCAACCAGCGUAUGUGCCUCCCCCGCCCUCAGUAUACCAGAAUCAGCCUCCGGCAUCUCCUUUUAAUUACCCAGCCCAGAAUUCGUAUCCAUCCCCUCAGGCACAAUAUCAGUCGAGUGCGCAGAUCCCGGAAAAUCAUCAGCCAAUUGGAUCAGCGUACGUUUCAGCGGUCGCCGAGAACACGCAGACCUAUCCAACGGCCAACAACAAUUAUCCCCAGAUCCCUCCAUCACCGCAGAUGUUUGGAAGCAGCGAAUCUAGGUGAGAAAUCAUGGUCAAUAUAAAAAUUUGCGGGGUUUCUUUUCAAAUGGUUUCAAUUAUAAUGAGGUUUUGGACAAGUAUCGAAUAGAAUUUUCUAGGAUGUUUGGGGAGAAACAUGGAUUGUUCAGCUCGUGUUUUGCAAAACUAGCGAGAUUGGUCAGUCGAAAAAAAUUUUUUUUUUGAAAUUUAAAAUUUAAGUUCUGCUUAAAAUUACAGUGAUCUAUUCGCAGAAAAAAAAUUCUGCCGACGAAAAACCACAAACAAAAAAAAAUUUUUUUUUCUGAUCGUCUCUUAAUUUUUCGCACUCUUUCUUUGGAAAAAGCCAUAGAACAUUUCGAAGACCGCCAAGGCAAACUUGUUGAAAUGGGCUAAAUUUCGUAACCCCUUUAGCAGUUACCGUCAAGGAUAUAACGUAGUGACCAAUCGGAUUCAACACAACGGAGAUACCGCCUUGGAACAGGCAGUCCAAUAUUACAACAAGGAGUCGAACGAGAACAUCAAGUCCCCUCCAAAAGAUCCAUCAAGGAGUGAUUUCAAUGGUCUCCCAUCCAUUUAUUACCAAUCUUCUGGAGAGGCGGUUACAGCGUCCAUUCAGACGACCAAAAACAUGCAAAUGGAGGUGACUGAGAAGAGCCAAGGGUACGAUCAGGGAGUGGAAGGGAAGAAGGAGGUCGACAGCAAGGGACAUGGUCGGUAUUUUGGUUUGAAUUUUGUUUUUGAGAAGAAAAAAUAUAAGGUUUGAAUAGAGAAUUAAGCAUAAUAAAAAGGGAUCCUCUCGUCGACAGGAAUGCUCUAUAAGAAGUUUCUUUUAGUAAAGUCGAGGGCCCAGUUUUUAAUUCCUGAAAUUUUUAUUUUUAGCCAGCGUCCUGGAAUGGAAUAUCGGCUGAGCUACUUGGCACAUUUUUGCAAAAAUAUGGUGUCAUCCCCAAGUAUAGCCUUAAGCAGUAUGUUACUUUCAGAGCCGGCUGAAGCCUCAACUUUCUCCCCCGCCCCCACAGCCGUCCCCAUCCCCAAAAAUGACUCCAAUUCAUACGAAUCUCCCCCAUCUUCCUCCUCCUCAUCUUCUUCCAAAUCCUCUGAUUCCAAAGCUUAUGCCUCAGGCACUUUUGUGGCUGCCAAACCGCUCGAUCCUCAGACCGAAUAUCACAUGUACGAAGCUCAGGUUUGUGCUGGAGUAACCAUGGGAAGAUCGACGGAACCAAACGGGCGGGCCGCGGCCGAAAAGUGCGCUGCGAUCAGUUGUGCGGCCGCCAAUAUGAGGCCACUUUUGCACGGCCAAUACGAGGUCAUCUACUUGAAGACGGUGGACCUGAGGAAGUUUUCGCGAAGUUACGACUGCAUAUCGAGUAAGUGUAAUCAAAAUGUUGCUAUACAUUUAUUUUAGGCUAUAAUGUGACAAUGUUUGGAGAGGAAUCGAAAGGAAAAAGAGAGCUGGAAAAACAGGUAGGACAUGAGAUUUACAUCUAGUUGGGGUGAAGAGUAAAAGGAAAUCGAGAGACUUUUUUGUCAUCAUUUUGGAUUACAAUAGUCUUACAGUAACCGAAAUGAGACCCAGGUCUUACAAUAAGGCAUCCUAGCUUCGACAAAAAAAACGUCGAGAAAUUUUCGUCGAAAUUUAUUAAUUUUUUUUAUUUCCGCGACUUGAAAAUUUUAAAAUUCCGUUGCAAAUACAUAUGCAAGAGCCUUAAAAAUUCCAAUUAUUUUUUUGAGCCUCUCAACACGACUUCUUUCAGCUAGAACGUCGAGAUCGUCUGAAUCGGGUGAACGGAGCCCCCUCUCUUCGGAUCCGCCCCACAACUGUCGAACCCAAAGGCCAUUAUUAA